AUGAGGUCUCUGGUCUUCGUUCUGCUCAUCGGAGCUGCUUGUAAGCACCCAAACCUCUGCUUGUAUUGACUUGUACUUGUCUGAGCUCUUAAAAAAUGUUCUCUUGGUUGUUCAUUAUUGGGCCUCUUGUGCAUUUUCAGUCGCCAUUGACGACGACAAGAUCGUCGGAGGGUAUGAGUGCACACCCCACUCCGAGCCCCAUCAGGUCUCUCUGAAUUCUGGCUACCACUUCUGUGGAGGCUCCCUGGUGAACGAGAACUGGGUUGUGUCUGCUGCUCACUGCUACAAGUCGUAAGCACAGUCUUUGCUUUUUCCUGGGGUGUAAAGCGUCAUGUUUGAUGGUUGUUUGUGUGUAAUCGGCUUCUUGUCUUGGUUUUCUUUUAGCCGUGUUGAGGUGCGUCUUGGAGAGCAUCACAUCAGGAUCAACGAGGGUACCGAGCAGUUCAUCGGCUCUUCCCGCGUCAUCCGCCACCCCAGGUACAGCUCCUGGGACCUUGACAACGAUAUCAUGCUGAUCAAGCUGAGCAAGCCCGCCACCCUCAACCAGUACGUGCAGCCCGUGGCUCUGCCCACCAGCUGUGCUCCCGCUGGCACCAUGUGCAAGGUCUCUGGCUGGGGUAACACCAUGAGCUCCGGUGAGUAUGAAUCCUGCAUUGUUUACUCCAAAUGUAAGUCUGUGCUGCACUGAAACAUCAGCUUGACCUUUAAGUUUCUCUCUCCAUUUUCAGCCGAUGACGGUGACAAGCUGCAGUGCCUGAACAUCCCCAUCCUGUCCGACAGGGAUUGCGACAACUCCUACCCUGGCAUGAUCACCGAGGCCAUGUUCUGCGCUGGAUACCUGGAGGGAGGCAAGGACUCUUGCCAGGUAUGUCAUUCAGUCUUCAGACAGAAAAAAACUGUAAAAUCUUAGUGAGACUUGUUUGACACCCUUUGCUCUCUUUCCACAGGGUGACUCCGGUGGCCCCGUUGUGUGCAACGGUCAGCUGCAGGGUGUUGUGUCCUGGGGAUACGGAUGUGCCGAGAGGGACCAUCCCGGUGUCUACGCCAGGGUGAACCUUCACUAUCUCUUCACAAUAAUUACAAGUGAUAUUUAAUCAUGACAAGUGUUGGGCUUAAACCUUGUUCUGUCUCCACUGACAGGUCUGCAUCUUCAACGACUGGCUGGAGAGCACCAUGGCCAGCUACUAA